AUGUCUGAGACCACAAAACCCGCUGCUCCUGGCCAGGCUGCGGAGGACAGGGAGAAGGCGGCCCCAGCGGCAGCUCCAUCCUUUGACCCUGCUCCCGUCACAAACAGCAAGGGUGAGGAGCCCACCACAGAAGCCUUCAGGAUCACCGUCUUUGACCAGGAGAACUUCCAGGGCAGGCAGAUGGAGUUCACCACUGAGUGCCAGAACCUGGCAGACCGUGGCUUCGACCGGGUGCGCAGCGUCAUUGUCACCUCUGGACCCUGGGUGGCCUACGAGCAGGCCAACAUGCGCGGGGAGAUGUUCAUCCUGGAGAAGGGCGAGUACCCUCGCUGGGACACCUGGUCUAGCAGCUACCGGAGCGACUGCUUCAUGUCCAUGCGUCCCAUCAAAAUGGAGGCUGAGGACCACAAAAUCUCCCUGUACGAGUCUGCUGACUUCAAGGGCAACAAGAUGGAAAUCCAGGAGGACGACGUGCCCAGCCUCUGGGCUUACGGCUUCUGCGACCGUGUGGGCAGCGUGCAGGUGCCCAGUGGAACCUGGGUCGGGUACCAGUACCCUGGCUACAGAGGCUACCAGUACCUCUUUGAGACCGGAGAAUUCCGACACUGGAAUGAGUGGUGUGCCUUCCAGCCCCAGAUCCAGUCCAUCCGCCGCAUCCGGGACAUGCAGUGGGACCAGAAGGGCACCUUUGUCACCCCCGACGCACCCUCCAACUGAGCGUGCUGCCUGCUAGCUAUGAGUCCCGGGCCCUGUGGGGCACCCCCGCCUCCCCUGCUCAGCACUUUCCUUGUACAUUGCACAUUCCCUGGAUGUACUUUACCUUGUGAGGCAAA